GGGAGAGAGGGGAUGGACAGUCACUCUUCUAGGGGUGACUUUGGGCACCUCCCCCGCCCCCAGGGGCAUCCUGGUUUAGUUUGGAUGGGUUUCCAUACUUGGCUGUGGUGUUGCAGAUUCUGGGGUUAGAAAGGCAGGUCUUGCCAUUUUAAGUUCUGGCGCCUUGAAGGGCCAGCAGAUCGUGAGAGCCAGGCGUGGGAGAUGCCGGGAACCUAAAGCUCUGCUUCCUUCCUAGGCCCUGGCUGUUGCCUCUGUGAAAUGGGCACCUCCUCCACAUGAUGGUCGCAGUGAUCCACUGGGGACGGAGCUGGGGCACGAAGGCACUUGGUCCCUGCCUCACCACGGACCUCCCGGCCUUUCCUGUGGAGGGAUCGAGAUGGACAGAUUCCUACAGAAGCCAGCCCCGGGGGUCCUUUUGGGAAAAACAGGCAAGCAAAAGCCCACCAGAGUAGAGGCAGGAGAAGAUGGAGGAAUGGCAGAGAAGAGGCCCAGGAGAGAGCCCCCGGGGGACACCAGCCACCAGGCAGGCCUGAGCUGGAGGCAGAUUCGUGGGGAGGGUCUGAACUGUGAUUACACCAUCCUGUUUGGCAAAGCAGAGGCGGACAAGAUUUUCCGCGAGUUGGAGCAAGACGUGGAGUAUUUUACUGGCCUUACGCUGUCUCCAAAGCCCUGGCUUCCAGUUCUGGAACGCAUCCGGGAUCGAGUCUCUGACGUGACAGGACAGACCUUCAACUUCGUGCUCGUCAACAGGUAUAAAGACGGCUGUGAUCACAUUGGAGAGCACCGAGACGAUGAGAGGGAACUGGCCCCCAGGACCCCCAUUGCCUCCGUGUCCUUCGGUGCCUGCCGGGAUUUCUUCUUCCGGCACAAGGCCUCCCGAGGGAAGCCUGGUGGCCGGCUGGGGGACACAGUCAGGCUGCAGCUGGCCCACGGGAGCUUGCUCAUGAUGAACCACCCGACCAACACUCACUGGUACCACAGUCUCCCCGUCCGCAAGAAGGUUCUGGCUCCACGGGUCAACUUGACAUUUCGUAAAAUUCUGCCUAAGAAAUGAGAGAUGUUUGUAACAGUUAGCAUGACUGUCUCCUCCUUCUCUGUCUAUUCUGAGUGAGCCUGAAGCACAGAGGCAGCUUGGUGACUUUUAUUUUUUUUGGGCCAGUCCUGGGGCUUGAACUCAGAGCCUGGGUGCUGUCCCUGAACUUUUGUGCUC